GGGGCAGAAAAGGUUUACGGAGAUGGAAUUCUACAGCAGUGCGGUGUCCGGUGUUCUUCGACUGAUGUCGGAGAGGAGAAGAGUCGUCAUGAUGUGGAGUUUCUGCUUGCUGCUCUUUCUACCCGUCAACAUGGCUAUCAUAACUGGGGUCUGUAAGGCUGACGUGGACUGCCGUUCACACGUUGGGUUCGGGACGUGCUGCGCCCCUUGGUUCGGCGGGUUCCCCGUGUCCGUGUGCAAGCCCCGGGGGAAGCCUGGAGACCCCUGCUCCCUCCUGGAGGGCGUGAUGGAGGACUUCAGUCCGGAGCCGAACGGAUCGUCCCGGGUGUUCUGGCUGUGUCCCUGCCAGCGAGACCUGCGCUGUCUGCCGAGCAGCAACAACCAACUCCUCGGGAAGUGCGGAUAGGAGCCGGCACGUCGGCAGCGUCAACAGAAACACAAAUGUAAGGAACGGACAAUGCUGAGUCUCACUUUGACAAGAAGGCAUGCCCUUUACAUGUUAGAAAUAGGCGGCAACGCUUCCAAAGUCCAUUCAGGGGCAGUAUAAAAUGUACUGUUGUAAGCAUACGUCGAUAUGUAUAGUAGAUUUUCAUUUAAUCUUAUCUCAUUUAGUUCGGCUUAUUCGUUUCGUUAUGUCUGAUUAUAAGGUAUAAACUUUUGAUGCAUCUUAAAAUUGCGUUAGUUGAUUACAAUAUAGCCAGUGGGCACAAGAUGAUAGUUCAUUAUAUCUCUGAUUGCACGGAUGGAAAAAAAACGACGGACCACAGGACCUAAUUAUGCAAAAUUGGCAGCCACUAUACCGAAGAAUGGGACAUGUCCUGAUAUAAAAUGUAUUAAAUAUAAGCAAUACAUUUUCAACAGAACUUCAAUAAAGACUUAACGUUUCA